AUGCCGACAGUGACGUCUAAAACCAAAUUCACAGACUGUGAUUGCGCUGUCAAAGUUUUACCAGAAAUCGCUGACGAUAUUGCUCGCUCAGACUUUGUUCAAGAAAUAAAUUUCAUGAAAACACUGCAGUACCAUUCACACUUGGUCAGCAUGCUUGGUUGGGCAGAAGAAAAUGGUAUUCCGAUGCUUCUAGUCGAAUACUGUAAGCAGGGCGACUUGCUACAUUUGCUGCGUUCAAAAAAGGAUGAAAUUAUUAAGGGAUAUGAAAAUAACGGACUACUAAAAAUUCGAGAUCUUGUUUCGUUUGGUUGGCAAAUCAGUAAUGGCUUAGAAUAUCUUAGCGGUGUUGGGUGUAUUCACCGAGAUGUAGCCGCACGUAAUGUACUUGUCGACGAGUUCAAUGUUGCAAAAAUAAGUGAUUUUGGUCUUUGUCGGCUAACCGACUGUCUUCUAUACACUGGUCGUGGUGGGCGACUGCCGCUGAAAUGGAUGGCUCCAGAAUCUCUGGAGUCGUUCGAGUAUACUCCAAAAUCAGAUGUAUGGUCAUACGGUGUUCUACUGUAUGAAAUAUUUUCUUUUGGUGAAGUACCUUACACGCUAGUGGAGACCUCAGAACUUCUAGCAUUUUUAAAAUCCGGGAAGCGCCUGACUCGACCAGCAAACUGCCCACAGGAAAUAUAUUCAUUAAUGAUGAAAUGUUGGAAUGCCAAUGCUGCAGAACGUCCCAGUUUUGCAGAAAUUUGUUCAACAUUAAUAAAAAUCAUUGAAAAUUCAACUCCAAACUACGGAUAUGUAAAUGCUGUUAAUGACUACCAGCAAGCACCACCAUCAAGUAACCGACAAACCAACGAACGGUCCGAUGCUGGAUGA